AUGGGUCAACAAGGCUCUCAGCUGCUCUCGGACAUCGAGGCGACGUCCAACUUCAACGCAAAGGAGAUUCAACGUCUGAAAAAACGGUUCAUGAAACUCGACCGAGACGGAUCCGGCUCGAUCGACAAGGACGAAUUCCUGCAGAUCCCUCAAAUCGCCAACAAUCCAUUGGCACUCCGCCUGAUUGCAAUCUUUGACGAAGACGGUGGCGGCACGGUUGACUUCCAGGAAUUCGUCGCUGGUCUCUCGGCUUUUUCCAAUCAGGGCAGCCGCGAAGAGAAGCUCAGAUUCGCAUUCAAGGUGUACGAUAUGGACCGGGACGGACUCAUCAGCAACGGCGAGCUGUUUCUCGUGCUCAAGAUGAUGGUCGGAAACAACUUGAAGGACCAGCAACUGCAGCAGAUCGUGGACAAGACCAUCAUGGAGGCGGAUACCAACGGCGAUGGAAAGUUGGACUUUGAGGAGUUCCAGGCCAUGGUGGCUAAUACAGAUGUGGCCAAGCAGUUGACAUUGGAAGACCUGUUCUGA